AGACGGUUGUGCCAUAGGUCUCUCCAACCCCGCCAACAAAACCCCACUACCAUCACGAAGCUCCCCAAGCAUUGGAGGAGACGGCCGGUGAUGGCAUUGCUUGCGUGCCUGGCUACUGCACAACGCGCCUUUAUGGACAAAUAAGGAAUUCUUUGAAAGAUAGUCAACCGUGUCUGAAAAAAUAAAUCAUUGAGAUCCUUCACCCCUCUCAAUCUCUUCUUUUCAUCUCAGACCAGAAGUUCGUCCAGUACCAAUCUAUUUACACAUUCUGCCUUGACGACUGCUUGACUCAGGUUAACCGCACGGCUGUAAUCCAAUCUCGAACGAUAUAUCUGAGAAACCAUGGCCCCCAUCGGAGUAGCUAUUGUUGGAGGAGGUAUCUUUGCCAAGGAAGAGCAUUUGCCUGCUGUGGAAGCAAGCGACAACCUCAGCCUCAAGGCCAUCUUCUCUCGCUCUCUCAAGUCCGCCCAGGACACGGCCAAGCUCGUCACCAAGUCAGCCUCACCUGACUUGUACUCUGACGACGCGGGCGAGGGCAAGUCCUUCAAGGAUCUCUUGGCCCGUGAUGACAUCCAGGCUCUCAUCUUGGCCCUGCCCAUCCUGAACCAGCCCGACUACAUUAAGCAGGCCCUUGCUGCCGGAAAGCACGUCUUAGCCGAGAAGCCUAUCGCCGCCGACAUUGCUCGUGCGCAGGAGCUGAUCGAGUAUUACAAAAAGGUGUCCGCCGAAAAGGGCGUGACCUUCGCCGUGGCCGAGAACUACCGUUUCCAACCCCGCUACACUACGGCAAGAGACGAGGUGCGGAAGCUAGGCAAAGUCAUCGGCUUCAACGUGAGGGUCUUCUUCUUCGUCAAGCUGGGCGGCAAGUACAUUGAGACCGCGUGGCGCAAGAAGCCCGACUACCAGGGUGGGUUCCUCCUCGACGGUGGCGUCCACUUCGCCGCCGCCCUUCGCCUGCUGCUCGGCAAGGACGCGGCGCCGGCCUCGGUUGCCGCCUUCUCGGACUUGACCCGGGAGCACCUACCGCCCAUUGACACCAUCAAUGCCAUCGUCAAGACCAAGCAGGGCGCCACUGGUUCCUUCGCCGUCAGUGUUGGCUCAACCCUGAGUGCCUUCGACUUCCACGUGGCGGGCGAGAACGGCAGUGUGACCUUGUCGAGUCAUGACCUCACCGUCAAACCCUUUGACGGCGAGGCAACAACAACUCACUUUGAACAGACGAGUGGUGUAAAGGAGGAGGUCAAGGCCUGGGCCGAAGGUUUGGCCGCCGGAGCACCCGGCCCGCUGCAAUCACCUGAGGAGGCGCUGGCGGACUUGGAGUUCCUAGAGAAGAUCUUCACGAGUGGUGAACAGGAUGGCGCAAUCCAAAAGCUGGAUUUGCAGCUGUAAACUUGUAAAGGAAUUUGUUCGGAGAUAAGCUCCAUGGCACAAGUGGGUGGGUGAUAGAGUUCAAUUUAGAGCUUAUUUUCUCUGCCAUCCACCACCAGAAGUCGCCGUAGACCCCUCCGCAUUCCGUCCUGCAUUCCGGAUGCGGUUGGACGACCGGUAGAUCUCUCGACAAAGACGUGGGUAAACUCCCCGACUGCUCUCACCUCGUCCACUCCCUUUUCAAACAAGGCAAUUUCGUAUGUGACGCUUGACUUCCCCAACUUGUUCACUCGUAGCGCUAAUUGAGCGACUGCGGGGUACGCAAUCGAAGCAAAGUAGUCGCUAUGCGAGUGUACCACAAGGCCGUACUGAUCAGAACCCAAGGGAGAUAGGCCGCAGUGCUCGAUCAGGUAGGCGUUGACUACGGAGUCGUAUCUGCAGUCUUUAGCUGGGCGCCGCGCGGACAUUAGCUGGAUCGAGAGAAACAUACAGGAAAUUGUAGAUGCUAUUGUU